UCACGACACAGAGGAAGCAAAGCAAUCAUGAAGAACUGCAACAACAGCUACUGGAAACCGGCCUUUUCCUUUUUCCUUCUCUCUUGUCUCGUUCUCUCAGUCUCAGCUUGCUCCCAAUCUGAGGAGGGGCAUGAAUUCAAUUACGACGAAGCAUCAGGGAGGGGACCGUCGCGGUGGGGUUUACUCAAACCAGAAUGGAGAAAUUGCAGCGAUGGACGGAUGCAAUCCCCCAUAGAUAUUGGAACUGUACAGCCUCGUCCUCAAUUGGGAGAUUUGCAAAGGAACUACACAUCAGCUCCUGCUGUUUUGGAGAAUAGGGUGGAAGACGUUGCGGUUGUAUGGAGAGGGAAUGCUGGAAACAUUACCAUUAAUGGGACUGUUUAUUACGUGGUUAACUGUCAUUGGCAUUCACCCUCAGAGCACACAUUCAAUAGAACUAGGUUUGCCUUGGAGCUUCACCUAGUUCAUCAAAGUGCUCAAAAUCUGACUGCGGUUGUUGCUAUUCUUUACCAACUUGGCUCGCCUGAUCCCUUCAUUGCUAGGCUGCGUCCCUUCAUAAUAACUCUUGAGAACGUAGAGAGAGUACCGUUGGGGCCUAUUGAUCCAGAAUCCAUCGGACUUCCCGGCAGAAAGUAUUAUCGAUACAAUGGUUCACUUACAACUCCUCCCUGCUCAGAGGGCGUUCUUUGGACAGUCUUCCCACAGAUAAAGACGGUUUCCCGCUCGCAAGUUGAAGCAUUAAGGAACGUCCUUCCUCCGGAAAACAGGAACAAUUCAAGGCCAACUCAACCGCUGAAUAAUAGAACUGUCUUACUCUAUGAUCCAGCCAGGAUGGGAACUUUUACUUUGAAAACUGAUGACUGAUUGAACCAUGUAACCCUCUAUAGACGAGGGUGUCUCUACUUAAAAUAAAUUGAUGACGCCUAACUACAUUAGGCUACCUAAAGCUGCAGUUUACAUGUAUACCGUUUCAGCGUGAAUCUUAAUAAAAUUAGUUCUCUCCCCUUUUUCGCCCAUCA